AUGUCCCGCGCGGAUCCAUCACAGGAUAUCAAAGCUUCCACCAGAUCCGGGACAGAGUUAGCCGGCGGAGAGUCAUCGGUAGUGUCCUCUAACACCCGGGCUGUGGGCUCAAGCCUCGGUCUUCCGGCUGUUGUCCUGGACUUGCGAUCGGUGAACGAGGAAACCAAAGCGUUAAUCGACGACCCCGCACAAACGCGCGAGAAGUUUGGCGUCAUCAUUCUGGCGAAUACAGCGCAGACCUCCAAUUAUGCCGCCCAGUUCCUCGCGUUCCAUCUUCUCGACAAAUGGCUCGGGGUCCCCGGACAGCAGAGGUUCGACUGGGAUCGAAGAAACUGGUCACUGAUCGAGCAAGAAAAACAAUGGGUGGCGGACAAAAUCAACUAUCGCUCUCCGAUUGUUCUCCCGCUCAUGUUACCAUUGGACGAAUAUGCUGGCACGUACACUCGCGCGGGCUAUAAGGAUGUCACCGUGUACUUGGACAGCGAAGGUGUUUUGCGCGCCGAUCGGAAGGAUAUGACCUGGCUAGAAACGAUCACGUUCCAUCAUGUGUCAGGGGAGCAUUUCCUGAUACAUUCGGUAUAUCACGAGGAUUUUGGGGCUUUUUGCCCCGAGGUCUACGAUGCUGAGUUUCGACUUAGCAUUGAAGGAAAGCCCUGGACCUUGGGGAUUGCCUGGGAGAGAGCAAUGGGUGGUGAAAAGAUCUGGUUCGUGAGGACCUAG